AUGUCUCGUUCCCGGGAUCGAAGUGUGUCCAAUGUGGAGACGGGACGCUCGAUAGGAAAACCAGCCACUGUGGCCGACUCUGUGGGUUUGAUCACAAGCUCAAGAGGCCCCCCCAGCCCCCCAGCCCUGGUCACUGUGGAGGAGGUGACAGACAGCACGGCCCAGCUGGCCUGGAGCCCCGGCAGAGACAACGGCAGCCCCAUCAGCCACUACUUCAUCCAGACCAGGACCCCCUUCACCGUGGGCUGGCAGAGGGUCAACACAGUCCCUGAAGUCAUAGAUGGGAGCACAUUGACGGCUACUGUGGUGGAUCUGAACGCCUGGGUGGAAUACGAGUUUCGGGUCCUGGCUAAAAACAGUGUGGGCGUCGGCGAGCCCAGUCCAGUCUCUGUGAAAACAAGGACAGAAGACGCAGUUCCUGAUGCUGCACCAGGCAACGUGGGCGGAGGAGGCGGGAGUCGAUCAGAACUGGUCAUUACUUGGGAGCCCGUGUCAGAAGAACUGCAGAACGGUGAAAGCUUUGGUUACAUCAUUGCCUUUCGAGCCUUUGGGGACGCAAGCUGGACCCACGUCGCCACCUCUGCCCCUGGAGCCGCCCGCUAUGUUUAUAGAAAUGACAGCAUCUCGCCAUUCUCGCCUUUCCAUGUCAAAGUGGGCACUUACAACAGCAAAGGACAGGGACCCUUCAGCCCUGUGGUCACCAUCUAUUCGGCUGAAAUUGAGCCAAGUGGGAUGCCAGCGGGGGUUUGGGCCAGAAGUGUUUCGGCCUUCGAGAUUGAGGUGAAUUGGCAGACGCUGUCCUUCACCCCUGAAAGGGUUCUGGGCUAUGAGGUGGUGUACUGGGAGGACGACACCAAACCAGAAACUAUGGGCAAAGUGCGCGUGCCGUGGAACCAGACGUCUGCCACUGUGAGCGGACUGUCAGGACACACGCAGUACUUCCUGACUGUGAGCGCGUUCAACACCGCAGGCACCGGGCCCUUUCUCCCCGCAAUCAAUGUCACCACCAAAAAACCACCCCCAGCCCAGCCCCCGCUCAACGUGGAAUGGACUUUAAUUGGCUCUCACCUGUCUCUUUACUGGGAACCUGUGGUGGCGAUGGAGUCCGAGUCAGAAGUCACAGGCUACGAGCUGUCGUACAGAAGGCAGAGACACAAAGAGGUCAACACAUUCACCACAAGCAACUCAUCGGCUGAGCUGUCGCUGCCGGAAGAGGACGAAGACUACAUCAUCCACAUCAGGACCGUGAGCGAGGGGGGCCUGGGACCGGCCUCCGAUCCCCUCAGAGUCCACCAACUCAGUAUGAGCGCCCGUGGCUCCGGUGGUUGCAUCCUGGAAACCUCUCCCCUCUCUCUGCUCCUCACCAUCGCAAUAUCAACAGUCAGGUCAACGUCAUGA